GCACGAAUCCUGCUGGGUCCAGGCCAUCUCUUUGCUGGCACGCAGAAUAAAAAUUCCUCACUGCAGGAUCAGCGGAGUUUAAUCUUUCGCCCAGUCGUUGUACCGUAUUCAAGGAGUGUAGCAGAGAACGGUCCUGAGCCUCAUUAUUGGCAGAACAAGAAAUCAAAUCGAUCAGGUUAUAUAAAGUGGCAGAGAGAAAGAAAGGAAACUCUUGGUGUGAUGCCAGCUUCCAUUUGUAACCAGACGUAGUCAUGGGACCUCUUGAGAGAAGCAGGUGAAUUCUGCCACCAACAGCCUAAGCUACAGCAAUCAGACCCUGUUUCACCACCAGAGCAUUCCCGAACAGGAUUGCGACUUGUGAAGCUUGAGUGUGAAAAUCAGGUGGUGGAAGAGGUACUGCUCUAUUAUUGUUCCAACAAGGUGGCAAUGCCACUACUAGAAGAAGCUACUCUCCUUGGAGACCUCCCAUUAAAUAUACCUGUCAUCAUUAUAGGAAAUGGUCCCUCUGGAAUAUGUCUUUCCUACCUGCUGUCUGGAUAUAGACCCUACAUGGCACCAGGAGCUGUACAUCUAAACCCAAUUCUUCAUAACAAAUUGGAAGAAGGAAUUCAUUUUUCUGUUGUAGAUCAGGAUUUGGAAUACCUUUCCGAAGGGCUUGAAGGCAGGUCAUCCAACCCUGUGGCACUGCUCUUUGAUACACUUCUUCAUCCUGAGGCAGACUUUAGGUUUGAUUACCCUUCAGUCGUACAGUGGAAACUAGAAAAGCACAACAGCAUUCCUCACAUAGUACUGGGAAAAGGACCACCUGGUGGCGCAUGGCAUGUGAUGAAAGGAUCCAUGCUAACAAUUAGUCUGAACAAUUGGAUGGAGCUACCAGGUUUGAACCUGAAAGACUGGACCAAUGGUAAAUGGAGAAACCUGACGAAUGAUAGAGCAACUCCAGAAGAAGUCGCUUCAUAUUAUAAAGACUAUGUUAAGAUUAUGGGCCUUCAGAAAAACUUUAUUGACAAUACUUGUGUCACUUCUGUCGCAAAGAUGCAGCAAGAUCAGAAGUGUAUAAAGGGCAAAAUGCCGAAGAGUGUCAAAAUAGAUACCACUACACAACAACUGCCUGCUGCUGAAAAUGGAUUUCCUCACAGUCUUUGGGAAGUCAGAGGAUAUCAGAGAAUUGGAGAUGGGUCACAUGUGCCUUUUUGCCUUUAUGCUGAAAAUGUUGUCUUAGCUACUGGCACCUAUGAUUUACCUGCUAGACUUGGGGUAGAAGGUGAAGACUUGCCUUUUGUAUUUCACAACCUCUCAGCCUUUGAAUCAGCCAUCAAAAGCUGCAAAGUUAAUCAGGCAUCAGAUCCUGUUCUCAUUGUUGGUGCAGGGCUGACUGCAGCAGAUGCAGUAUUGUGUGCCUACCACCACAAUAUCCCUGUUAUUCAUACGUUCCGAAGAAGUGUAACUGACCCAGCCUUGAUCUUCAAGCAGCUUCCAAAGAAGCUUUAUCCAGAGUAUCACAAGGUUUAUCACAAGAUGUGCAAGCAAUGCUACAUCACAACUUCGUACUCUAACUACACCAGCUUUCCCGAAACAUGCAUUGUUUCUUUCCUAGCAGAUAUGAAAUGUAUUCUUCAAACUACUUCAGGAAGGAACAUUAUUCUAAGUAUCUCAAUGGCACUGGUGCUGAUAGGUACUUACCCCAAUUUGUCCUUUCUUAAAGAGCAUGGAAAAUACUUGGGAAUAGAUCCAAGUAAGCCCAUUUCAUGUAAGCAAAAUCCCAUUGAUGUUAAUCCCUAUACAUUUGAGUGUACCAAAGAGGAUAGCAUUUUUGCUAUGGGCCCACUGAUCGGGGAUAACUUUGUCCGCUUUCUUAAAGGUGGAGCUCUGGGCAUUACAAGUUGCUUAGUGAAACGCUUGAAGGAAAAGGGACAGUUAAUUUCUGAAAUUGGAAGUGAUGAUGGGUAGCAAAGUUUAAGGCUAAUGGUCAAUUUAGAACUGUUCUACUUUCAACCAAAAGUCCCCAACAUAGUCUUUAAAGAGCAGAUGCUGAAUGCAGAAGAAUCAGUGAGUGUCCUGUUCACUUUUUGAUAAUGGAAAUAGUUUAGUUAAUUGUUAGUGUGCUCGGCAGUAAUAUGCACAUUUUUAUACUUUGUGGAAUGCUCAUUUCUUUAUGAAAUAAGGGGCUGUGAAUUUAGGAAAUAACCAACAAGCAAGCCUAUUCUCAAAAAUCCAUCUAAAAAUAUACUCCAACUCAAAAGGUCACAAUAUCAGAAACCUCGUGAGAAUUACUCAGUGCUUUGAUGUCCUGGCCAUCUAUUUCCUUCUUCCACUACAUCUCAUGGUCUAUUAGUUUCAGUGAGCCAACUAUUUCUUUGCAUAUUUUGUCCUGUAGACAAAAAGUAGAUUGUUUCAAUAAUGUCCUUUAAACCAAAAUCACGCUGUUAAGAUAAUUUGAUAUGACUAGUAUGGUUGCUUUUUGAACAUUCCUAGAGUCUUUAUACACCUCCAAAUAUCCAACAUCUCAGAUCAUUUUGAUUGUACAGUCUUAUAUUGAGAGUUUAGAAGGUUUUAUAUGAGAGUGUUAUAAUGGAGCUGGAAGUGGUGUGAAAAUCAAAGCCAGAUCUCCGUAAGUAACACGGCCAUACCAGCAGGGAUAUGACUAGCAUCUGUACGUAUGUUUUAAUGCCCAUAGAGAUAAUUUUACAAAAUUGCACUGGUUUGAAGAAGGAAAUAUGACUGUCAGCCUGCUCUUGGUUGGUCCAUGGGGCAACUCUCCCAGUUUAGGCAUAGAUUCUAUUGGAAGCUUGGUCUAAAACUAGUGCCUUAAGUUGUGGCAAAUGGUCUGCUUGGUUUUAUUCCUGUUUUAACAAUGCACACAAUUGGCUUGUUAGGAUAUUUCAGUGCACAAUUAAGAGUCAAACAAGCAAUUCAAGCAAGGGAAGCGGACUUACUUUCUGAAAGGC